AUGGCUCAUCAACAAGCAAAUCCAUUCGACGACCCAUCCAACCCAUUUCAGGACCCUUCAAUCACGUCGGCUCUCAAUUCCACACGUCAAGAUGCGUCGCUUCACCUAGAACAGGAUGGUGUUAACGAGCAUGACAAUUUCACCACUGUACGGCAAUACCAAGACAACAGCCAUGACCCUUUUGAGCACGAUCAGAAAAUGCUUGUGGAUGAUACACAGCAAGGAAUUGUGGAAGGUGGCAGCAGUAGUGGAUCCCCUGGUGGCAACGAUUUGCAAGCGAGAGAGGAGGCAUUGAGGCAAAAGGAACGAGAACUUGCAGAACGAGAAGCACGACUAGGCGAGCGUCAACGACCCCAUGCAAACAACUUUCCACCAUGUUUCCCCAUCAUGUACCUUGAUAUCACUACCGAGAUUCCCCUCAAUCAUCAAUCGACAGUAUGGUGGUUAUAUCGUGAAUGGCUUUGGUUCGAACUUACCCUGGUUCUCAACUUUGUCGCUUGUCUUUGUCUCUUAUUCUCCCAUCCACCUUCCGUUACAAGUGCUCCAACCGAUCUGGGCAUCGCUCUCACUCAAAUGUUCACUCAUUCAUUGGCAAGUUUCUUUCUCUGGUAUCGCCCCGUGUACAAUGCAUAUAUGAAAGAGGUCUCAUUGUACUACACCUUGUAUUUUAUCUUUAAUGGCUUCCAUAUCUUGUACACCUUCUAUAUGGCUAUCGGUAUUCCCAGCACAGGAGGAGCUGGUUUGAUCUUGGUGGUGACAUUGUUCACUGAUGGAUACAUUAUUACGGGUAUCAUUGCCCUCUUGGCAUCCGUUUGUUGGCUUGGUAUGGGAUUCUUGGCUCUCUACCUUUACUUCACCACCUACAGGCAUUACAAGGCUGCUGGUCAUACAUUCAAGGAAGCAAAGGAUGAAGCUUACAGUCGUGUUGGUGGAUCCAAUGCUGCACGAGAUGCUGCUGUCAGCAUGGCAUGGAAUAGUCGUCGAUGA